UAAGGAUAAAAAAAUAUAAAAAAUUAAAAGCGAAAAUCUAACAAACAAGGUACAAAUUUGACUUGUUGACUGAAGAAGUUUGGCAGAGGCAGGGAAUAAUUAUGUAGUGGAUUUUGUUUUGAGGCGGAAAGAGAAGAGAAGUUGGCGGUGACGUGGCUAAUUUAGCAACUACAAAAUGAGGUGAGGUGAGAAGUGAGAAGUGAAGAGAAAGAUGAUUGUUUCGAUGAUGGGUGGUCGAUGUUACAGUUCAUAUCGUAGUAAUGCUGUGGCAGCUGUGAUGAGGGACAGGAAAUGGAAAUCCAAUUCAAAGUCAGAAGAAGCUGAUGUUGUUGUGAUUGGUAGUGGCAUUGGCGGACUGUGCUGUGGAGCACUGUUGGCAAGAUACGAGGAAGAUGUGUUGGUUCUGGAAAGCCACGACCAACCAGGUGGUGCUGCCCAUUCCUUUGAUAUCAAAGGCUACAACUUUGAUUCUGGGCCAUCGUUGUUCUCUGGCUUGCAAUCAAGGGGUCCUCAGGCUAAUCCUCUUGCUCAGGUCUUGGAUGCGCUCGGCGAGUCUCUUCCAUGCGCUACUUACGAUUCAUGGAUGGUCCACAUACCCGAAGGACAAUUCUUGUCGCGCAUAGGCCCGACGGAGUUUUUCAAGGACCUUCAACAGUAUGCAGGUCCAAAUGCUGUUCUUGAAUGGCGGAAACUUUUAGAUGCUGUACUUCCAUUAUCUACAGCUGCAAUGGCUCUUCCCCCUCUAUCUAUUCGAGGAGACUUGGGCGUUCUUUCCACUGCUGCAGCUAGAUAUGCCCCCUCUCUAUUCAAAUCCUUUCUUCAAAUGGGACCUCGAGCUUCUCUUAGGGCCACAAAACUUCUCCGACCUUUCUCCGAAAUACUUGAUGAUUUGCAACUCAAUGACCCUUUCAUACGGAAUUGGAUUGACCUCCUCUCAUUCUUGCUUGCUGGGGUCAAGGCUAAUGCCGUACUCUCAGCAGAGAUGGGUACUUGGUGGUCCACAGCACGUCAAUCUCUAAAGGGCCUCUUGUUAAAUUUUGAUUCCAUUAACAGACUGCAGAAGAUUGAUCCUUUUCAUAUGUUCACAUUUUCUAUAGCAACGAUUUACAUGUUUGCAGAGUGGUACAAACCGGGAUGCUGUCUUGAGUACCCCCUUCAUGGAAGUGCAGCUAUUAUUGAUGCUCUUGUGCGAGGGCUAGAGAAAUUUGGUGGAAGAAUUUCUCUUCAAAGUCAUGUGGAAAACAUUGUUGUUGAAAAUGACAGAGCCAUUGGAGUCAAGCUGGGAAGUGGUCAAUUCAUACGUGCUAAAAAGGCUGUUGUCAGCAAUGCAUCGAUGUGGGACACUUUAAAAUUGCUACCCAAAGAAGUUGUUCCAAAGUCCUACUCGGAUAGGGUUAACACGACUCCUCAAUGUGAUUCAUUCAUGCAUCUCCAUUUGGGAUUUGAUGCUGAGGGUAUACGCAGUGAUCUGGGAAUUCAUCAUAUAGUUGUAAAUGACUGGAAAAGAGGAGUUGAUGCCGACCAGAAUGUUGUGUUGAUAUCAAUACCUAGUGUACUUAGUCCUAAUCUGGCACCGCACGGGAAACACGUGUUACAUGCUUAUAUGCCAGGAACUGAACCAUUUGAGUUGUGGGAAGGACUUGAUCGUAGGAGUGCUGAAUACAGAAAUCUCAAAGCUGAAAGAUCAGAGGUAAUGUGGAAAGCUGUGGAGAGAGCAGUAGGCACAGGUUUCAGCAGGGAGAAAUGUGAAGUGAAGUUGGUUGGGAGUCCACUAACACAUGAAAGGUUUCUUCGGAGGAACAGAGGAACAUAUGGACCAGCCGUGCAAGCUGGUUCAGAUGCCUUUCCUGGACAUUCAACUCCCAUUGCACAGCUUUAUUGUUGCGGAGACUCCACCUUUCCUGGCAUUGGAGUCCCAGCAGUUGCUGCCAGUGGUGCAAUUGUAGCAAAUUCAUUAGUCUCGGUAUCUCAACAUUCCAAGCUGCUCGAUGCAAUUGGCAUAUAAAACCAAGGUUUCAUCUUCAUGUCCCCACGUUUUCACACUGGAAAAGAUUGAAUCUUUUCUACUUCUCGUGCAAAAACUACAUCUUGGUCAAUAACUUAUGUGUGGCUUUUCACAUCUAGCAUGUUUUACCUAGCUCUCUUCAUUCAAUUUUCACUUGUAAUUAUUACUAGACUAAAUGUUACCUUUUUAAUGAUUCACAAAAAAUUGUUGGAAAAUGUUAC